AUGAGAGAGUUCCUUUUUCUUCUCUUCAUAGUAUCCCCAGUAUCCGGAAAACCCCAAAAGGAUCCUCGAGGACCGAACAUCAUAGAUGAAACCGCGGACUUUGGAACUCCAGAGCAUGACAAUAGAGUGCACACCGAGCUAACCGAAUUAGUAAGUACCCCUCAUCCACGAUUACCCAAUAAUCAAACCGGUCCUGAAAUCGCUCGUCUCAUUGGAUCCGACUACUUCAAUGGAAGUGUACUGCCGUGUGAUAACGAGACAGCGCCAGGACAAUGGAUGGUAUACUGUAGCGGACGACUUUUACAGGCGGUGAUGGCUGUGAAGCUAUACCCGGAUUCGAAGACAUUCGUUGAUCAACCCAUGAAAGUUAACCGGACAGGUGAAUCAAUUAUGGAACAUUUUGAGAAGAGGUUCCCAAAACCUAUUGAAGAAAUCUCAAAAAAAGAAGUCGCUGAGUUUGUAGACGAGUUCUUUGAUAAGGAAGGAAAUGAAUUGGAUGUAUGCGAACUUCCUGAUUGGAAACCAAUCACUGAGAAACUUGCUCAAAUCAAGGAUGACACCUAUCUUGCAUUUGCACAACGUCUGCAUUUUAUUUGGAUUCAACUGUGCCGUCAAAUGAAGCCCGAGGUGAAAGAGGACCCAUCUAGAUUCUCUCUGAUCUACGUCCCAUAUCAAUUCAUUCUUCCUGGAGGACGCUUCCGUGAAUUUUACUACUGGGAUGCUUAUUGGAUAGUCAAAGGAUUGAUAGCUUCUGAAUUGUAUUCAACGGCAAGAAUGAUGAUUCUCAACUUCGCCCACAUUAUUGAAACCUAUGGUUUCAUUCCAAAUGGAGGAAGAGUUUAUUAUCUACGACGAUCCCAACCACCAUUCUUCGCUCCAAUGGUAUACGAAUACUACCUGGCUACUCAAGACACUCAACUAGUGAUGGAUAUGAUUCCGGUUAUUGAGAAGGAAUACAUUUUCUGGAGCCAGAGAAGAUCAGUGAAUAUCACAUUGGAAACUCAGGAGUUCAACGAGACAGUGCGCAUGUUUCAGUACCACACAGAAGCUGAUACUCCAAGACCGGAGAGUUUCAGGGAAGAUGUUCUCAGUGCAGAGCCCUUUACUACCAAAUCCAAGAAACGAUCGUUCUUCAAAGAUAUCGGAAGUGCCGCGGAGAGUGGAUGGGACUUUUCGAGUAGAUGGUUCAAGGAUCAUAAGAAUUUGACGACCAUAGAAACUACAAACAUAGUGCCAGUAGAUUUAAACGCGUUUCUUUGCUACAACAUGAACAUUAUGCAAUUCUUCUAUCAAUUGGCUGGCAACCCACUAAAACAUAUGGAAUGGUCAUCUCGUCUUGCAAACUUCAGGCAGGACUUCACCAAAGUCUUCUACGUUCCAGUGAGGAAAGGAUGGUAUGACUAUAAUCUUCGAACUGGUUCACACAACACCGACUUCUUCCCUUCCAACGCUGCUCCACUAUUCGCUCAAUGUUAUGAUCCUUUGAACUCUCAAUUAGCUGUCGAUGUUUACAACCAAAUGGAAAACUCUGGAGCAUUCUCUAUGUCAGGAGGAAUACCCACAAGUAUGCACAAAGAAACCAAUCAACAAUGGGAUUAUCCCAAUGGAUGGAGUCCGUUGAAUCAUAUGAUAAUAGAGGGACUUCGGAAGUCACUGAACCCAACACUACAACAGAAGGCUUUUGUACUAGCUCAAAAAUGGCUAGAGACCAAUAUGCAAACGUUCAAUGUAUCAAAUGCAAUGUGGGAAAAGUACAAUGUUCAAGAACCACAGGGUAAACUAGCCACUGGUGGAGAGUACGAAGUCCAGGCCGGUUUCGGAUGGACUAAUGGUGCUGCACUCGAUCUUAUUAUGACUUAUUCGGACCGCCUGGAAUACAAAGGACCUUUAUUGGAAGGAUUGGUUGGAACACCACCCCCUCACAAAUCCUCGUCUUCCUCAUCAUCAUCCUCUUCUUCCUCUACUUCAGAAUCAUCUUCAACUGUUAUUCCAUCAUCAACUACUGGUUCUAGUUCAAAACUUCUUGCCAUCAUUACGGUUACAAUUUUCUAUUUCUUGUUUUAA